AAAGCUUGUCAUUUAGAAAUAUACAUUUAAGAUAUAAUGUAUUUCAAACUCUGUCAUAUGCAUAACUAUGCACAUUAUGGUGUGCAUUUAAAUAAAUUAAGUAGUAGAUAGUAUACACAGGGCUUUGUAGCUGAGACGUGUAGAAACAGCAUGUUGUAGUGUACGUUUUGUCCUGCAGGUGGCACUUUCCACUCGCGGAAGUCUAAAAUAAAACGUCAAAUUCAAACCGUGUUCAAAACAUGGCUUCAAGAAGAAACUUGGAUUUAUGGUAGCGUGCCGGGUGAUUACUUUUUUUUAGUUGCGUAGUAUUGAAAAUUAUAUAUAUGAAACAGACCAGCACACAGCCCCAUAACCAUGCAUUAUCCCAGUGGUUUAUAAUCCUCAUCCUGGGGUUACCCCCUUGGCCGAGGGAGCGAAGUGGAUAAAAGAAAUAGAAAAUAAAUCUUGUAUGCUGCGCAUUUUUAGCGCAACGUUGAUGGUUUUGAACAGAUGAAAAAUGCCUGACCAAUCACGAGACGAGGCAGAACUUGGACCAAUGAACAUCGGCGAAUAGGAGCGGAACCUUUAUGGCGCACUAAUGCCAUUAUUUAGUUCAAAACAUUAAUUUAUCGAUUGUAAGAGAUCAUUGCCACCGUGUUGAUUUAGAAAUAACGGUGCUGUAAAAGUGAAUUAACCUGAAAGUGCCGUUUCGCUGAAUCGGUUUGCAACUAAAUCAGCUGGUUGGAUCAGACGGAACAAUGACCUCGGCAUCAACAAAGGUUGGUGAGAUCUUCUCUGCAGCAGGGGCUGCAUUUACUAAACUAGGGGAGCUCACCAUGCAGUUGCACCCGGUGGCAGACUCGAGUCCAGCAGGAGCUAAAUGGACCGACACAGAGAUUGAGAUGCUCCGGUCAGCUGUUAGGCGCUUUGGUGACGACUUGAACGCUCUCAGCUCGGUCAUCAAGAAACGCACCGUGGCACAAAUCAAGACCACAGUCAAGCGGAAGCUUUAUGAAGACAGUGGAGUUCCUUUGUCUUCUGACUCACCAAAGAAAAGUACCAAGAAGGUCCCGGUUGUUAUGGCUCCCCCUCCACCACCAACAGUCAUGGCUGUGCCAACAUCUCAGGUUGUGGUGACAACAGGCUUACAAGGUCCUUCUACAGGCUCAGCUGGGAUCAAGAAGCCAAAAACGGCAGAUGUUACUCUCAGUGCUCUGAAUGAUUCAGAUGUGAACAGCGAUCUUGUGGACAUCGAGGGAAUUGGUGACAGCCCUGCGACCAAAAAGCUCAACUUUGAUCAAGAAAGUCUGAAUCUUGACUCAAGUCUCAUCAUGAACUCCAGUGACCUGCCUCUACUGUCCCGCUGAACCUGGCUCUCGACUUAAACCCAUAAACUGUAAAGGGGGGGGAGGAAGGACAUUACAUCAGACUGGGCUAAACCCUGGCAAAACACAGCCCAGUCCAGGAACCAACCCCUUUAGUUUGUAUUAUAUAGAUUGUUUCUUAAAUGACAACUGCAAUGUCAGACUUGUAAAAAUUUCUGGCGAAAUUUCUUGUUUUAUUUUAUAUUCAUUCUGGUGUGUCUGAAAAUGGUUUAAACAGGUCAGCAACGUCUCAAACUAUUUUUGUUGUAUAACAAAAGAUGUGAUGCUAAAACGUAUUAAUUUUAAUGAAUUCAUUUUAAAUAAAAAUGUAUGUUUGUUUCAUGUAUUUGAAGAAACACCUUCAAUGCACCAAGUUGUUAUAUUGGGAAGCUGUUCCCCUGUCAAGUGUUUAUAAAUACAUGAUCCUAUUUUCCUGUACUGUUUGUCCUAGUGUCAGCUUAUAUAUGUUCUAAAUUUUAUUAGGUCACAUUGAUAGAAAUCUGCAUGCAUUCUGCAAAUGACUGCGUGCAACGCAAACCUUCUUUACGCUUUGCUUUAUUAUUUGUUUUCAUAAGGUCAUCACUGCAUGUUUCAGGACUGAUACAAAAUGAAAUCCUGAUUUAUAAAAAAAUAUAUAUAUUUUAAAUGUUAAAUUUGCUUUUUAUCUUUUUUUUUUUUUUUUUUAAAGACAGUCUAUGCUUUGCUCACAAGGGAGUCUGUCAAUCAUUUUGUUUCUGAUAAAUUAUACAUGAGCAAUGUAACAAUGUAAAGCCUAUUUAUUCUCAACAGAUUCUGUAAGCGCACCUUUAAACACUGGUCUGGUGUGAAACAUGACAAUGUUUUCCACAAUUAUUGUGCAUGAAUUCAUUGGAAAAAAGUCCCUACACCUUCUUCAUACAAGUUAGUUGAAAACUUCAAUAAACUACCUAAUUUUUUUUUUU